GCACCAGGAUCAGAGACUCGACACUCCCCCAAACUUGAGGAACAACACCGGGAAAAACGUGCUGGACUUCCGGACCGACACCGACGCCCCAUUCCCGCCCGCAGCCGCCUUGUCAUGCUGCCCAAAGUGGAGACGGAAGCCUCAGGACUGGUCCGAUCGCAUGGGGAACAGGGGCAGAUGCCGGAAAACAUGCAAGUGUCUCAAUUUAAAAUGGUGAAUUACUCCUAUGAUGAAGAUCUGGAAGAGCUGUGUCCUGUGUGUGGCGAUAAAGUAUCUGGGUAUCAUUACGGUCUCCUCACCUGUGAAAGCUGCAAGGGUUUCUUUAAGCGAACAGUCCAAAACCAGAAAAGGUACACGUGCAUAGAGAACCAGAACUGCCAAAUUGACAAGACGCAGAGAAAACGAUGUCCUUACUGUCGGUUCAAAAAAUGUAUCGACGUUGGAAUGAAGCUGGAAGCCGUGAGAGCUGACCGCAUGCGAGGAGGCAGAAAUAAGUUCGGGCCAAUGUACAAGAGAGACAGGGCCUUGAAACAGCAGAAGAAAGCCCUCAUUCGAGCCAAUGGACUUAAGCUGGAAGCCAUGUCUCAGGUGAUCCAAGCGAUGCCCUCAGACCUGACCUCUGCAAUUCAGAACAUUCAUUCUGCCUCCAAAGGCCUACCUCUGAGCCAUGUAGCCUUGCCUCCGACAGACUAUGACAGAAGUCCCUUUGUCACUUCUCCCAUUAGCAUGACAAUGCCACCUCAUGGCAGUCUGCAUGGUUACCAACCAUAUGGUCACUUUCCUAAUCGGGCCAUCAAGUCUGAGUACCCAGACCCCUACUCCAGCUCGCCCGAGUCAAUGAUGGGCUACUCCUACAUGGAUGGUUACCAGACAAGCUCCCCGGCAAGCAUCCCUCACCUGAUAUUGGAACUUUUGAAGUGUGAACCAGAUGAGCCCCAAGUUCAAGCGAAAAUCAUGGCUUACCUACAGCAAGAGCAGAAUAACCGGAACAGGCAGGAAAAGCUGAGCGCGUUUGGGCUCUUGUGCAAAAUGGCGGACCAGACCCUGUUCUCCAUUGUUGAGUGGGCCAGGAGUAGUAUCUUCUUCAGGGAACUGAAGGUUGAUGACCAAAUGAAGCUGCUUCAGAACUGCUGGAGUGAGCUCUUGAUCCUGGAUCACAUUUACCGGCAAGUAGCACACGGGAAGGAAGGGACAAUCUUCCUGGUUACCGGAGAACACGUGGACUACUCCAGCAUCAUCUCAAACACAGAAGUCGCAUUCAACAACCUCCUGAGUCUCGCCCAGGAGCUGGUGGUGAGACUCCGUUCCCUUCAGUUUGAUCAGCGGGAGUUUGUGUGUCUGAAGUUCCUGGUGCUGUUCAGCUCAGAUGUCAAGAAUCUUGAGAACUUCCAGCUGGUGGAAGGCGUCCAAGAGCAGGUCAAUGCUGCCCUGCUGGACUACACACUUUGCAACUACCCACAACAAACUGAGAAAUUUGGACAACUGCUUCUUCGACUACCAGAAAUCCGGGCAAUCAGCAAACAGGCAGAAGACUACCUGUACUACAAGCACGUGAAUGGGGAUGUGCCCUACAAUAACCUUCUCAUUGAAAUGCUGCACGCCAAAAGAGCCUAAGUUCCCACCCCUAGACCCUUGCUCUAGGGACAGAGACUGGAGGGAGAAGAAGAGGAGGAGGAGGAGGAAGGAAGACAAACAAUGCUCUGAACUGCUCCAAGCAAUGCUAAUUACAAACUUGGUUUAAAGACACUGAAUUUUGAAAGCAUAAUAAUGAAUAGCAAAUAAAUGAUAUAUCAGGGUAUUUGUACUGUAAACUGUGAAUCAAAGGCUGCAUAUCCCCAAAGGAUUCGUAAUGGGAUGGAUUGAACUUACAGGUGGAGACCAAUACCACAGCAGAAUGAAAAUGGAUGAAACAAUCCUUGUAUAUUUAAACUAAUCUGCUAUUAAGAAAUUCAGCAAUUGAUCUGUGUUAUUAAUUGGACUUGUCCAGAAUUACUCCAUGGUGAAGCUGAACAACUCAAGAAUACAUGGGCUGAACCCCGUCAGCCCCUCCAUCCCCCUAGAAGGCCCUACGUCUUCUGACCUGUGAGCCCUGAGGCUAUGUUAAGGACUUGUGUUCAGCCACACCCAGUAGUAGCUCCACUAAACCAUGAUUUCUGAAUGUCUGUGUCUUAGACCUGCCAACAGCUAAUAAGAACAAUGUAUAAAUAUGUCAGCUUGCCGUUUUAAAUAUGUUCUGAAGUUUGUUUUGUCGUGUGUUUGUAAUUAAAAAAAAAAAACAGGCAGUAUCCCUCUUCUAUAUAAACAUUACUUAAUAUUAAGGGAAAUCAAACAAAUCUAAGCCAAUACUCCCAACAAGCAAGUUAGAUCUUGUUUCUGCUGUUGUUGUUGAAAUGUGGCUUUGGCAUGGUUUCAUAAAAAUUUUUGGCCAAGAGGCUUAUGUUAGUAUACAUCCAUCUGUUUAGUCAUCAAGGUUUGUAGUUCACUCAAAAAUAAACCACUAGACAUCUUUUGCUGGAUGUCAAAUAGUCACAGUCUAAGUAGCUGGAAAGUCAAAGCAGGUUGAGCAUUGCCAAAUGAAAGAAUGGUUGGGCUGCAAAGAUGAUUGACUCAAGCAAGGUUCAUCCCAGUUGUAACUUGAGCAUCCCCUAAACCUGGGAUGCAAAAGCGUAUGGCCUGGGAAGACGGGAAAGCCAGUCCUCCUACAAAGGGGAAGUGGAAGAUACUGGCCUCUCAUAGUCAUAGACCAAAGUCUGCUAUAGAACAAAAUACUGGAGGGCAGAGAUAGCAAACAAAGUCUCCAAACAGUGCUGUCAGUAUUAGCAUGCGAUGCCACAGGCAUGGAAACCUUGCCUUACUUCCUGGUCCUGAAAGGGAACUGUGCAGAUGUGGAUCAACGUUUUGUUGAAAAUAAAGUAUUAAUACUUUAAA